CACGGUUCCCCAUGACCUCUUCGGGCCCUGUCUGAGGACACUACAUUGACUUAAGACAAUUCUAAAAAGCUCAGUGUUGGUGGUGGCUAAAAGUUUCUGUCAAAAAACCGACUAUGGCAAACGUUUGGGUGCUGUUAGCGUCCUGUCGCCAUGGAGACGGACUGUUCCAUUCCUCCUCAAGGGGUGGUUUUGAUUUUCUUUCCUUUCCCAUUCCUCAGCGCGAUGCGCAAAAAUGAUACUCUGAUGAUCCAGCGGAGUUUAUUUGUACGAUCUUGAGGCUUCUUACACCAAAUCGGUGUCUGCAGACCUGUGCCCUCCUCUCCGGUGGUGACCGGUAUCCGGCGUCCACCCUAGGGUCCUGGUGGUGCGGCCCGGAGCUAGCCCGGACCAGGGACGGGGAAAGGGCUCGGCACCCAGCAGCCAGUCUGACUCCCAGGCGACCCUCAGGAUGCCAGAAGCCGAGAGUCCCCACAAAGACCCCACGCGACUGAAGAAGAAGAAGGAGCCGGUGCGCCGCACGGUCAGCCAAAUCUGCCCGCCGCCUCGGCGGCCCCUGACCGUGGCCGACAUCCGCCCGGGUAUGGAAAACCAGCGGCUGGGAGUCGUGCGCGACUCCAUGUUUCAGAAUCCACUCAUCGUCAAGGCAGAGCUCGGCAAACCCCGGGAGAGGAGCUGCAGCCUUCCUGGCCUUGAUUUCAACUACGGCCUCUACAUCCGGGGACUGGAUGGAGGGGUCCCGGAAGCCAUCGGGCACUGGCAGGUGUACAAGCAGCAGCCCACCUGCCCCCAGGAGCUGACCCGGAAUUACAUCGCCAUGAACCGAGGGGCCGUGAAGGCCGGCCUGGUGACAGCUCGGGAGAACGUCCUCUACCGCAGGCUCAAUGACAUCCGUAUCAGCAACCAGGAUGACCGACGCCAGAAGAAAGAGCCGCCUGCCCUCCCCCCCAACAUGACCUUCGGGAUCCGGGCACGGCCUUCGACCCCGUUUUUUGACCUGCUGCAGCACCGGUACCAGCAGCUGUGGGUGCAGGAGCAGAAGGCGGCCCAGAAAGCCAUUAAACUGGAGAAGAAGCAAAAGGUGGUCCUGGGAGAGCUCUGUGAGACCCGCAGCAGCCUGCUGAGGAAGCACAAGCCGCCAGUGAAGAUGGAUGCCCUGUGGCACAUGCCCCACUUCCGGAAGGUGGGUCCCCAUCUCGACACAUUCCCCACCGAGGCCGACCGCCAGAGAGCAUUCAAGGCCCAUCGGGAAGAGCAUGCUGUGCGCCAGGGCACCCUGCGCAUGGGCAACUACACCCACCCCUAGGCCUCCCCGAGGCUCAGAAGCCCCCCCGAAGACUCUCCUGUCUCUGCCUCGCUCACCCCAGCUCUGGCCAGCCCCGCCCCCAUUUCUCUGUGGGGUCUGCGGCCUCCCACAGCUCUUGGGUUAAUUACUUUUGGUGAUUCCCCCCCCCCCCAGCAUCCCACUCCGGGUUUACCAGCAGGAGCCUCCACCUAUGCCAGCAGCCCUCUCCUGGGACGCCCCUCCUGGCCGGCUCCCCUGCUUCUCUCCCAAGCCCUCACCUGCCAAGCCAACUCCAAAUGACAAGGCAGCUUUUAACUACCCAGGCCAAGGCUGGGAUCGCUGGCACUGCCCGCUGGCGAUGAGACCGGCCAUGCGUUUCUGGCGGAAUGCCAGACGCUGCCAUGCUCUGAAAGCCCUCGUCUUAUGUUCCAAACAUGAGCUCUAGCUGCCUUUUUUGGGGUGGCUGGUGUUCCUCACCCAGACAGAAGUCUCUCUCUGGGACCCCGAUGGCAGGAAGAGCCCAUGGUUCAUCCCUGGGGCAGCCCCACCCCUCUGAGCCAGGGCCUUCCAUCAGGCAGGCUGGUGGCCUUCUCCAUGGAGACCAGGGUGUCGCCUGUCCUGGAGAGGCUGGAGUGACCAGGGUGCAGAGCUUCUUUCUAUCUUUCUCAGGGUCUUUGACUUUUCUCCAUGAAUUACAGGCCGCUGUGUCUGGUGAAAGAGGCUCUCUGUCCUGGUCCCCUGGGUCUUUCUGUGAAAACCAACAGACGCCUAACUGUUGGGGGAGCUGCACUGAGGUUUGGCAGGUGCUACUUGGGCACUCCGGGACUCCCCAAGACACAUGACCUGGGCCAGCCACGUGCCCUGCCUUCCAACACCAUUUCCAGCCCCAGGGUCCCCAGUGCUGACCUACAGUCUGCAGUUCUCCCCAGGGUUCUGUCUGGUCCCCUGUCGCCCAGCAAGUGUAUGGCGCUCACCUCCAGCCAGCGAGGCAGAGGCUCCCCUCAAACCCACCUCCCUAUGCCUUUCCCAGGCCAUAAACAAAAUUGACAUCUAGGCGGCUGCCUGCCGAACAAACGUCUCUCUGCCCCCCCCCCCCAAUCCCUCACAAACUGUCCGUGUUACCUGCAAAACCGCCGCUAGGGGCAGGCCCGGCCCUGGACCCCUGCCCCACCGCCCUAGAACUGAGCCCCUGGUCACCGGGGUCCGUCUGCCCUCUGGCUCCUCACACAGCCCCCACUUGUGGCAGAGCAGCCCCUUUCCCCUUGGUGGCCCCUGCAGCUUCCCCCGCGCCCCCUCCAUGGGCUCCAGGCUUGCUUUUCUCUGUGCCCACAGUCCUCGAGCUCCCCACAACCCUCGAGCCCCCCCACCCCCACCCCUCGAUCCCCUGCAGCCUCCUGCAGCUCGGACCAUGGCCCAGCCUCCCCUGAAGCCCUGCCUGGACACAGCCCGUGGGUUCCCGCAGGCCAGCUCUGUUCUGUGCAGCAGCCUCCUCGCCUGCCUCUAGUCGGGGAGUGAGCCCUUCCCAGCAGGGUCUAAGACCCCAGGGUCCAAGUCCCACACAGCUCCACAGUGUUGGGCACAAGCACGUGUCAUCUGACGGGGAGACACCCAUUUUGAGGUUUUUGUUUUUUGGUUUUGUGGUGCUGGAGCUCAAAGCUAGAGGUACAGGCAAGCACUCUUUUUUUGGGCGAUGUAUGUGUAUGUGUGUGCGUGCCGGGGAUUGAACUCACAACCUGAUGCUUACCACACAGGCACUUGUACUGCUGAGCUAAACCCCUGGCCCCGAGAUGCCCAUCCUAGUGGAUGUCCGGGGGCCUGGACAGCCGCUACAGCACAGGUCUGAGUGAGCACCCCCCUCCCCGCAUGCUGUGCCCCCAUGAGAGGCCGGUUCACAGCCAUGAGUGCCUGGGCUUCCAGGAUCUGGGAGGCUGACGCCGAAGGAUCACAAGUUAGAGCGCAACCUGGUCAGCACAGUGGAUAUCCAGCCCCGAGAGCGAUGAGGGACACAGGAAGGAUGGGCCACGGGGCCGCGGUGCCAAGCAGGAAAAGUUCUGAAUGGAGGGGGGUUAGCUCUAAAAGCUCGGGGCGAAGGGAGGCAGAAGGGUUUCCUGAAGGAUCCAGAAGUGGGCUCGCAGCUCCAGGAAGUUCUCCCUCACCCCUUUGCCCGCACGCACGCAUGCCGUGAGUUUUGCUAGGGCUGUGACAAGAGGGGCGAGCGGCGCCCAGACGCCCUCCGGGAGAGGGGGCCCCCAGCUGCCUGCAGCCUCUCCGCGGAGACCUCGGCUCCUUGUCCUACAGCGCCACCCACUGGCCAGUGGACGCGGACGCGGAGGCGGAGGCUGCCGGGCCUCAAGGAGCUCCCUGCCCGCGCACCUGAGCCCCGCCUCUGCCUCCAGGCUGCUCCCCACCUCGGGGCUCUCCUGACCUCCCUGGAGCGCGGCCUGGUGUGGGGGGCACCUUCGGGACCCAGGCAGAGCCCAGCUAGGGGCUCCCGCACCCAGGGCAGCGCCCCCUGGGCAGGGGCGCAGGAGCCGGCCUGAGCCAGCGGCGUCAGUGCAGGGCGCAGAGCCGGACGCCCACGGUGCGCUCGGUGGAGGGCGCGUGGCUGGGGAGCAUGGCCUCCCACCCCCAUCCUCCCUGUCCUCCCGCGCACACACACACACACACACAGCCGAUGCCCUGGGCAACCAGACAGGCACGGUGGAGGCGCAGCCUUGGGCUUCGAUCCCGCACACACCAGAGAAGCCUGAGUGCCGGCUCCACAGCCUGCAGCUGGGCUGGACUCGCCCGUCCGCUGAGAUUCCCUGAUCCCCACUGGGGCGGGAGAGGGGCAAGCCCCGGGGAGGGGACCUGCGGUGGGGAAGGGGCGCCAGAGAUUUGAGAUGAGCCUUGGGGAAGGCCAUCUAGAGGAGCCCGGCGGGCGGCAGAGCUCUGGGCAGCAAGACCAGGGCCUGCAGGCCUCCUGUUCCUUCUGUUUCCAGAUUUACAGCCCAGAACCCAAACCUCUUUGCUUCCCUCCCCCCUAUCCUCCCCUCCCUUCCCUCUCUCCUUCUAUCCUCUCAUGCAUACCAGGUAACUGAUAUUUUUCUUGGGCAGAAGGAGGAGGAGGAAGGUGCCGGGGUGGGUGUCUAUGCUUCCUGCCUGGCUGGGCUCCAGAGAAAGCCUCUCACAGCCACAGCUCCUGCCCAGCGCCCAGGGAGGCAGGAGGGUGUGGAGACCGCGCCUCUGCCUGGCAGAAAGCAAACCUCUCUGCCUGGAAAGGAGUUGGACUCCGCCCUGCACACAACCGAGGGCCUUCACCUGCCUGCCUCUUCUUGCUGCGUUUGUUUCUCCUCCAAAAACAGAUUUUUUGGACUCAUCCUGGGGUGGCUGGGUGUACACAGGUUCCUAGAAUUAAAUGCAGAUAAAUUCUACAGCUAUAAAUCUAUAUAAAUGGAAUAUUUCUAUGCA